AUGGUUCAAAUGGCGCCCAUAUGGUUCUACUCGCUAGCGAGUUCCAUCCCCGUCAAGCGCGAGGUGCUCAAGGAUGCUGCGGCCCGGGCUUUGCGUUUCCAGUGGAGGAACCCAGCCGACAUCCUUUCCGUGCUCCUCCUCCUCGGCCCCGAAAUCGUAAAGAAGGCGGUAGCCGCUCAGACCGGUCGCCGGAUCACUCCCGUCGCGUUUUCCUUCGGUUGGGUGGCGUAUGGAGCAAGCGCCCUGCUGGAUGCCCUUGGCGGUGGGACGCUCAUGCCAGCGCCGGACGUGGACGGUGUCAUGGUUGUUGGCGCCGACAGCACCCACCUCCGGAAUUCGUCAAGCUGGGUCCUGGGUCGUUUGCUUCGAGACUUGACCUACAAAGUGGACGAAGAGAUGCAUCAUGAACAGCAGCAUGUUGCAAACCCAGAAGCUAGCAACGAGAAAUCGCCGCAAAUGAAAGGAGGGCCUGCCUGGGAAGCCUUGAGAGUUUCAGUCUACACGGUUGACUCUGAACCAAAGGCCGCACAUGGCGUUCCGUGUCUUGACUUCGUCUGGUACUCCGGCUGUGUGGUCAUUCUUAUCCAACUCGCCGUCUCCUUAGUCCCGUGGAUCGUCUACAGGGAUUGGUCGAUCUUCCUCGUUACGGCCGCCGGCACUCUUUUGGCCGUCGUAGGAAGUUCGCUGCCCCAGUGGCGGCAGGAGAAAUGGGCCUGUCCCAGUGAUGGGGGUGGAACAGUUGCCAUUACCCAAGGCAACGGCAGUCGUCACGUAGUUCUCAUCGAGAACAAUCGCCAGUCGAAAGUUGGGCUCGAUCUCGAAAUCCUGGCUCGCGCUACGCGCGUGUUCAAGCCAACGCUUGAGACAAGAACCAUAACUGUGGUCUUGACUCUUCUUUGGGUCAUGCUGCUCAUAACUGUUUCAGGCAUGGAAGAGCACACUUGGUACUUGCUCGCCAUCGGUCUCGUCGGGAGUGUUCAGAACCUGUACGCUGCUGGUGUCUCCAGAUCGCCGAGCGCUCAUGGCAUACAUAUCACGCACAAGGAGACGAUUCGUGACAGGAGGGUACACCCUGUCAUCAAAAAGGUCGAGAAAGACUAUCCCUCCAUGGGGUUGGUUCUGCUGGACAUCUUCUAUCCAGGCUCGUUACGGGUCAAUACUGACGAGGACAAGGACUUCUGGAGAGAAGCAGUUCAGAACAGGAUGAAACCUAACAAAUUUGGCGUUCGAGUGGAUACUCUCGGCGCAAAGCCGUGA